AUGGAGCAGCAGCUUCGUGAUCUUCUGGAACAUGGUGGCCUUUCUCACGCCAUUCAGGGAUUCAUUGAUGGUGGCAUUGUCACCGUACAACAACUCAAACAACUUACUAUGCAAGAUUAUCAGUCAGUUGGAGUUAUUGUUAUGACGGAUCGCCGCAAACUCUUUGAACUUAUUCAAUACAUGAAAAGAGAGCAGACCAACGCUUCUUCUAACGCCACCUCCUCAGCAGAUAUGACUCGUAACGCUGAUCAGAAUUCCCACACCUCAACAGCACCAGUUGUGAGAAAUACAACCCCAUCCAGACGCAGCAGUACUCCUUCUGGUGCACAACGUCGAGCAGAACACGAAAAUACGAGGUUAUAUGAAGCCAAACAAUCAGCACCUGCAAGACGUGAUCCUGUUCACAUGGGUGAUGAUUUGGACACCUCCGCAUCCAAGGCGACACCCAGUUCACGUCCCGUUAGUCGCCUAACGCGGGCCUCUCCUACUCCACUUACGCGAAGAGCAGGAGAAGUUGGUGGAACAAAACGAAAAUCAAGUCGCAUUGUUGUUGUCGUUCGCAAGAGACCACUUAACUCAUCAGAGUUGAAUGAUGGUUUGUACGACGUUCUGGCAACAGAUCCAGAUAAUACACAUGCCAUCGCUCUUUUGGAACCAAAGCAAAAGGUUGAUCUUACAAGAUAUAUUGAGAAACAUCGUUUCUCAUAUGAUUUAGUUCUUGAUGACAAGCAAAGUAACCGUGAUGUUUACGAAAAAGCUUGUAAACCUCUUGUUGAAACAGUUUUUGAAGGAGGUUGUGCAACUUGUUUUGCUUAUGGUCAAACAGGAAGUGGAAAAACGUAUACUAUGCUUGGAAAAGAUGAUCAGGAAGGUAUUUACCUUAUGGCAGCACGAGACUUAUAUGCACGACUUGAACAAGGUAUGAGCAUUGUUGUUUCUUUUUUUGAAAUUUAUGGAGGAAAAUUAUUUGAUUUACUUAAUGAACGUGAAAAACUUGCCUGCAGAGAAGACAGUCGAGGUGUUAUAAAUGUUUGUGGCCUCACAGAACAUCGUGUUGAUGAUACUGGUCACCUUAUGCGUGUUAUUGAUUACGGAAAUUCUAUUCGCGCAGCAGGAUCUACUGGUAUGAAUGCUGAUUCUUCACGAUCACAUGCCAUUCUUCAUAUAACUGUCUUAAACUCCAAGAAUCGAUUCUUUGGUAGAUUUACGUUUAUUGAUCUUGCGGGUAGUGAACGCGGAGCUGACACUCUUGACAGUGAUCGUACAACUCGUCUUGAAGGAGCAGAAAUUAAUAAAUCGUUACUGGCACUUAAAGAAUGUAUUCGAGCCCUUGAUCAAAACCAUCGACAUAUUCCAUUUCGAGGUUCAAAAUUAACAGCUGUUCUACGUGAUUGCUUUACAGGUAACAGUCGUACUGUUAUGAUAGGAAACGUAAGCCCUGCCAGUGGGAGUUGUGAGCAUACAUUAAAUACAUUGCGUUAUGCAGAUCGUGUUAAAGAACUCAAAAAGGAUAAAUCCUCUCGCAUUGCAGCAGAAGAGAUUAUGAUUGGACAAAUGCCAAGUGAGGAAGUUGAAACUCUUGGUCUUACUGGUACUUUUGCCCAACGUCGUGCCCGUGAAAAGAAAGUCAGUACCCGAUCUUCGAGUCAACUCUCACAACGUGAACCAGGAACACCAAAUGCAAAGUCAUUUGGAUCUUUUGGAAACACUUAUCGUCCUAAACCUACUCAUCAUCGUGGACCAGUGAGUUGCAAAGAGGACGAUUACCCGAGUUUCUCUGACAGUAUUCGCUCUGGAAAAGUUACAAGUAGUGGUCUUGGAAAGGGCUACAGCAAAAUAACACCAAAACACAGUCGAGUGGGUAGCGAGACAUCUGUACGUGAUGCUAGCCCAUAUGAAGUGGCUUCAUUCGCGAGUGGUGAUUCAUUAGAUGAAGAAGAAGAUAAUGUAAUACUGGGUCAUCGUCGCCAUAUUGAUGCUAUGAUGGAACUUCUUAAACAAGAAAUGACAGAAUUGAAUGGUGUUGAGAUGCCAGGUGCUUCCAUUGAGACGUACUGCAGAAAUGUUGACAGUAUACUCGCUCGCCAAUCAAAGAACAUUGAUCUUGUUAGGGGUACUAUAAGGCAGUUAAUGAAACACGUUGAGGCUCGACAAUGCCGAUAA